CACUCUUUGUGGUUACUUUCAACUUAUAUUCAUGGAGAAACCCAGUUUCCUAAAUUUAGCUGUAUGAUUAUUCUGGAUCACAGUUGGAUGCUAUUAUUCAGAAAUGUAUUUUCCGAAAGGGAAUAAAACGAAUGAAGACGGUGUGAUUGAAUUAGGUUAUAAGAAUAUAAGUAGCUACAUGUAUAACUCCUUUACAAGACGAUCUGCAAUGCUCAGUCACUACAAUUACAAUGUUUAUCAGACACUGGUUGUCUGUGAGCUGCUGGAUCUUGACAGGCCUGGAAAGAUGAUUAUCAGAGAUGCUGCCGGAGGCUGCACCACAGAUGAAAUGUGUUACUUUAACAACAACUUUACUUAUACAGUGACUGCCAAUAUUACACAAGAAAUGCUCAAACCCCACCUGGAAGAAUUCAAGCAGAUAUUUGAAAAUACUUUUUACCCAGUUUGCAUAAAAACUCUUAGGUAUUACCUUAACAAAAGAAGGCAUCAACUGAAUAUUAGAAAACCCGAAGUCAGUCCCCUGCGGAAGAAUCUUUCUUCUGGGUCUCGUUUGAGUUGUUUGGCGACAGGGUUUUACCCUCGUCACAUCAACCUGACCCUGUUCAGAGACCAGCAGCCUGUAGCUGAUCAUGAGAUCACUGGAGGAGAUCUGCUGCCCAACGAUGACGGGACGUACCAGAUGAGGAAGAGUCUGGAGAUCAGUGCUGCAGACAAACACAAAUACACCUGCUCCGUCACACACCUCAGUCUGGACAACAAACUGGACGUCUCUCUGGAAUCCAGUGAAUUAAUUACACCAGUGGUUUCUUCAGUGCUAAUAGUUUUGGGUCUGUUGUUGGUGUCAAUGACAGCAUUGAUUAAGCCGCGUGUGAGGCCCGCUGACGGAUACCAGAGGGACAGCUGGGCUGUGUCUUUGAUGGACGUCUUGUGUUAUUGGCGUCUGAGCUCUUUGAAGCCGUUUGAUUCGGUCUCGUGGGGCACGAGCUCGUCUGACUGCAGUUAUCUGCUCUACGGCUGCACCUCCGGGGACGGAAACCAGAGCUGUAUACCUCCUCCCGUGAUUCCCUGCUAA